ACCGUUUGUUGUUCAUCAUCACUCAUCAAACUCUAGUCAUUUUAUCAUCUUCAGUUUAUAUAAAGAGAGGAAAAUGUCCAGCAAACAAGAACAAAAUUCAAGGAAUAAGAAACUUGUCAAUGAUCUUUUAAAGAUACCAUCAAACAAGGUUUGUGCUGAUUGUAACGCAAGAGGACCACAAUGGGCAAGUACUACUCAAGGUGUAUUCUUUUGUAUAAGAUGUGCUGGUUUGCAUAGAAAAUUAGGUACACAUAUUUCCAAGGUGAGAAGUGUUGGUCUUGAUUCAUGGAAUGACGAACAAAGAAGAAUGGUUGAAUUAUUUGGUAAUGAGAAGGCUAAUACCAUUUUCGAAGCCAAAUUGGACAGAGAAAAACCAACAGCAGAUACCGAUACUGCAACAGUGGAAAAGUUUAUCAGAGCAAAAUAUGAGAGAAAACUUUGGAUUGAUAAUGAUGCAUAUGCUAGAGAAUACGGAAAUUUGGAUUUGAAUAGUGAGGAUUCAUCACCUGCCACUACACCAACCACUCCACUCAAACAAUCAAUCUCUACACAAAAUUUCCAACAAAACAGACAACAAAAUUUACGUUCAGUAUCAUCUCAAGAUGACAUUGCUAAUCCUCCUCCACAAAAGCAAACAAGACCAGUUCAACAAGUCAAGCAACCACCAGUUCAACAAUCUAAUACUCCAUCAUUGAUUACUUUUGAAGAUACUCCAAAACAAAAUGAUUUAUCCGAAUUCAUUAUUAUGGAUAACACUCAAACAGGACAAAGAACACAAGUAUCUAGCAAGGAUAGCGUUUUGAAUUUAUUUGAUUCUCCUCUCCAACCUACUGCCAGAAGUAAUCAACCUCCACAACAACAACAACAACAACAACCAUUCACAAUUCCAGGUGGUCCUCCUCCACUCAACAACAACGGAAUGGGAAGAGGAAUGAAUUAUCCUCCACCACUUAAUAAUGGAAUGGGAAUGAAUGGUCCACCACCACUUAACAAUGGAAUGGGAAGAGGUAUGGGAUAUCCUCCACCACUCAACAAUGGAAUGGGAAUGGGUAUGAACGGACCUCCACCACUUAAUAAUGGAAUGGGAAUGAAUGGGCCUCCACCAAUGAUGGGUAGAGGAUAUCCACCACAAGGAUUUAAUAAUGGAAUGGGAAUGAUGAAUGGUCCACCACCACUUAAUAAUGGAAUGGGAAUGGGUAUGAAUGGACCUCCACCACUCAACAAUGGUAUGGGAAUGAAUGGACCACCAAUGAUGGGUAGAGGAUAUCCACAACCAGGAUACAACCCUGCAAUGAGAUUCUAAUUUUUUGUGUAAAGUUGAGUGAUAAUAUAGUAUAUUUGCGGAUUUGCUAUCGAAAUAUCAAUUAUUGUAGCAUAAUAAUGACCUUGGUCAAAAAAGAAUAAAUUUUGUAAACUAAAAGUGUCAUGCUCCAAUUUGUUCUUUUUC